AGAGGCCUCUGAAGGGACUCAAGCACUGUCCCAGCUGUCUCCCUGUCCCGCCUCCCCUGCUGCCCGCCCAGUUGGCCAGUCCCCACGCCCACACACCCGGGGCUGCUUCAUCUGGUCCUGAUUAUCCUGCUGCUGCUGCUGCUGCUGCUGCUGCUGUUGCUGCUGCUGCUGCUGCUGAACUCAGCUGCUACUUCCAGCACUUCCGCCCUACACAAUGCUGCCUGCUGCCCUAACCUCCCUUCUGGGGCCAUUCCUUUUGGCCUGGGUGCUGCCUCUUGCCCGAGGCCAGACCCCCAACUACACGAGACCUGUGUUCCUGUGCGGAGGGGACGUGACCGGGGAGUCAGGUUACGUGGCAAGUGAGGGUUUCCCCAACCUCUACCCCCCAAACAAGAAGUGCAUCUGGACAAUUACGGUGCCCGAGGGCCAGACUGUGUCCCUGUCCUUCCGAGUCUUCGAUAUGGAGCUCCACCCUUCCUGCCGCUACGAUGCUCUGGAGGUUUUUGCUGGCUCUGGCACCUCAGGCCAGCGACUUGGACGCUUCUGCGGCACCUUCAGGCCUGCACCUGUAGUCGCACCUGGCAACCAAGUGACUUUAAGGAUGACAACUGACGAGGGCACCGGGGGACGAGGCUUCCUGCUCUGGUACAGCGGCCGGGCCACUUCAGGCACUGAGCACCAGUUUUGUGGGGGGCGGAUGGAGAAGGCGCAGGGAACCUUGACCACGCCCAACUGGCCUGAGUCGGAUUACCCACCAGGCAUCAGCUGUUCCUGGCACAUCAUUGCACCCUCAGACCAGGUGAUCAUGCUAACCUUUGGGAAGUUUGAUGUGGAGCCUGACACGUACUGCCGAUAUGACUCUGUCAGUGUGUUUAACGGAGCUGUGAGUGACGACUCAAAGAGGCUGGGGAAAUUUUGCGGAGACAAGGCCCCUAGCCCCAUCUCUUCUGAAGGGAAUGAGCUCCUGGUCCAGUUUGUAUCGGAUCUCAGUGUCACCGCAGAUGGCUUCUCAGCCUCCUACAGGACCCUGCCACGGGAUGCUGUAGAAAAGGAGUCAGCCCUGAGUCCAGGGGAGGAUGUACAGCGUGGUCCCCAGUCCCGCUCUGACCCUAAGACAGGAACUGGGCCCAAAGCCAAACCACCCACUAAACCUAAAUCCCAACCUGCAGAGACACUAGAGGCUUCCCCUGCUACCCAGGCAACUCCAGUGGCCCCAGCUGCCCCCAGCAUCACCUGCCCAAAGCAGUACAAGCGGUCAGGCACCUUGCAGAGCAACUUCUGUUCCAGUAGCCUAGUGGUGACAGGAACAGUGAAGACCAUGGUCCGGGGCCCCGGGGAAGGCCUCACUGUCACUGUCAGUCUCCUUGGUGUCUACAAAACCGGAGGACUGGACCUGCCCUCUCCGCCCAGUGGCACCUCUCUGAAGUUGUAUGUGCCCUGCAGGCAGAUGCCCCCCAUGAAGAAAGGAGCCAGUUAUCUGCUGAUGGGUCAGGUGGAAGAAAACAGAGGCCCCAUCCUUCCUCCAGAGAGCUUCGUGGUUCUCUACAAGCCCAACCAGGACCAGAUCCUCAAUAACCUAAGCAAGAGGAAGUGUCCCUCCCAACCUAGGACAGCUGCCUGAUGUCCUAGCCAGAUACAGCCUCAGAGCUUAUCCAAAUAAAUGUUCCUUGACUCAGGAA